AUGUACUUCCUCGAAUGGUAUCAAAAUCUGAGAAUUGUUCUCAAACAGGAGAAAAAGGAAUACGUCUUGGAGAAGAGUCUUCCUCCUGAAAAACCUAAGUCCAAUGCUCCACAUGCAGAGAGGAAUACAUAUGAGAAGCAUGCCAGUGAUAUGGUCGAUGUGUGUUGUCUCAUGUUGGCUACCAUGAACUCAAAUUUGCAGAAGCAAUAUGAGAACGUGGAAUCGCCAAUUGACAUGAUCACCAGCCUGAAAGGAAUGUUUCAGGAGCAAGCACGAACAGAGAGAUACCAGACGGUUAAAGCUCUCAUUGACUGCAAGCUGCCUAAAGACAGUCCAGUUAGCCCACAUGUCAUUAAGAUGAUAGGUUAUAUUGAUAACUUGGCAAAAUUGGACUGUCUUAUCAGCCAAGAGUUGGCCACUGACCUCAUUCUUCAGUCACUGCCAUCAAGUUAUGAUCAGUUUGUUAUGAACUACAACAUGCAUAAUUUGACAAAGACUUUGACUAAGCUGCAUGGAAUGCUCAGAUCUGCUGAACCAAACAUCAAGAAGGGCACCCCUAACGUCCUUAUGGUACAAGGGGGUAAAAAGUUUAAGAAACUUGGUAAGAACAAAGGAAAUAGUAAGACAAGUCGGAUUGAGAAUCCAAGCAAGUCAGACCAGGCUCCUAAGAUCAAGCCUGGUCCUUCUGGUGAAAUAAGUGCCAUUACUGUAAUGGUUCUGGACAUUGGAAGAGAAACUGCAAGAAAUACUUGGAAGAUCUGA